UGGUGCUGUCAGCGGCUGCAGUCCUGUCUUUGUGAAUCUGCUCCAGCAUGUCACAAAUGCAAGGGUUUCUCAGCAUGUGGAUGGUGGUGUGUUUGCAGGACCUGUCGGAACAACACCAGAAGACCCUGACCCUGCUGAGGAAGCAGCAGACUCUGAUCCUGGAUGAGGAACUCAUCCAGUGGAAGAGGAGGCAGCAGCUGGCUGGCAACGGAGGUCCUCAUGAGGGGGGACUGGAUGUCCUGCAGUCCUGGUGUGAGAAGCUGGCUGACCUGAUCUGGCAGAACCGGCAGCAGAUCCGACGCUGUGAACAUCUCACCCAGCAGCUUCCUCUGCCGGGCCCCAUGGAAGAGCUGCUGAGCAAACUCAACAGCGACAUCACCGACAUCAUCUCUGCCCUGGUUACUAGGUGAGAACUAGACGUCGCCGCUUCAGUGUAGUGUGGAGGUCGUGGCAGUGCCUGUGGACUGGCAGGUGGCACUGAAAAGCCAGGGUUCUGAAAAAGGAGAAUCCAACUGACACCGAGUGUCUGAUGUGGUGACCCCAGGAUUCCAUUUUUACUUUUCGCUAAUGAUGUAGUUCACCUGGUUCUGUCAGAUUGUGACCUCAUGGUGACUCCUCUGGUUGUAUAGAAGUCUAUGAGAAAAUGACUACUUCUCUCUUGAUUUAUUACCUCAGUAA